GAGAAGGGCGCGCCAGUCUGGCUCGGGGUGUCGUCCGGGCAGCCCUUCCCGAGAGUCUGCCGGAGCUUCCGCCUCCGCGGCCCGCCGAGAUGCCGCCUCCGUGGCUGCUGCUGAUCCUGGCGCUGAGCGCCCCGCCGGCAGGUGGCUUCGUCCUGCACCUGGAGACGGACUGCCUCCUCUCGGCCGACGGCCGCCUCCUCCAGCCCCAGUGGACUCUUUUCUUCAACAAGAUGCCCUUCACCUGUUUCGACUAUCAGCAGGCGGAGUUUGUGCCCUGCGGCCUGGGCGCCUCCGUGCCCUGGAACUUCACUGGGGAACCGGUCGCUGGGUGGCUCAUGAAAACCUCCCAGGAGCUGCCACAGGAAGCCGCCCAGCAGUGCCAAUUGCAGGGCCAGUCGCUCUGGGCACGGACCGGGGACAGGCAGACUGCGCCAAAGCUCCUCAUUUCCCCAGUUGCCCCUCAGAACACUCCGGAUCCCAUCAUGCUGGCCUGCAUGGUGUGGGGCUUCUACCCAGGGGACGUCAACAUCACCUGGCUUUGGAACGGGCAGCCCGUGAAGGAUCGGCUGGACCCCCCGCAGGUCACCAGUAACGGGGACUGGAGCUACCAGGCGCGGCUGACGCUGCCGGUCGAUCCCCAGAAAGGGGGCAGCUACACCUGCUCCGUCCAGCACUCCAGCCUGGCUGCGCCCCUCACGGCAGAAUGGGCCCCCGGCCUCCCCUCGGAGCUCUGGGUCAAGAUUGGGAUCUCUGUUGCUGUGAUGGUGGUGGGGACGGUGUUCCUGGUGGCCGGCCUGGUCUUCUGGAAGCGGUCAAGGCUCCAAGGAUACGCCCUCCUGGAAGGCAGCAACUACCCCCAUGAAGGUCGGUAGCUUUUGGACUCCCCCCCCCAGCUCAGCUGCACCCCAGCAGCCCCCUCCCUCCCUCCCUCCCAGACCCCUUCCGAGGGCAGCUUUAUCCUGGGGGGGGGUCUCCAAAGAGGCCCCUCCCUCCCCGUAGAGGCCUUUGUGCUCCCUGAGUGCUGUUGCAGUGGCCACAGAAUGAAGAGCCGCGACCCCCCCUCCUCCACGCUUGCAGAUGUCGGGGUGCUGGCUCUUGCAGCCCCCCCCAUUUCCUGCGCACUCGCUUCUCCCCCAGGACGGGGC